AAGGCGAGGGACUACCAUCAGACCUCUGAAGUGCUCCAUUGCCCGGUCCCUCUCCUCCCACUCUCUCUUCUCUCUCUAGAGUAGACUAGACCUGCCGCCCUGCCUAUAUGUUCUCUUCUUUUGAGAGAAGGGAGGAAUAGCCGCAAGCCUGCAGCGCAAAGGAAAGCACAGCAGUACAGCACAGCACAGCACAGCGGCGGUUUUCAAAAGAACCCGCCACUCUCCGCCGGUCCGCCCUGCGCCAUCCCCAUCCACACCACCACUCGUCCAGCAAUCCCUCUCUCCCACGUCUCGUACAGUAGUAUUAAUUUCCUUGCGCCUCCUGCAUCCUCCAUUUUUCUUGGGUGCCGUGCGAGCUCCAAGUACCCCUGUCUCCCUCCCGUCUGCUUGCCUGUUCCAUUUCCGGCUGCUCAGUUGGUAGUGUCGUCGUUUCAAUGCGAGACGCCCGUCCUCGACGAGCUUGAUUGCCCUUGAAAGCGAAGUUGGUGUCCGUCGUUGCCGCUUGCCGGUGAGGAAGAGGAUAUAUGGCUCUCACGGAAGAGGCAGCAGGGGAGGACGAGCGGCUGCUCAAGGAUCUUCUCGCUUCUCCUUCGUCUUCAGAUAAGGAAGCCCAUGCUAUGUCUGCAGGAGAGGAUGAAGGGAAUACAGAGACAGAGUCCGAUGAAUCUACUAAAGAGGAUUGUGACGAGGAUUGUGACUACGGCCGGUCCAUAAUCGAAGCCACUGUAUCGAGUGAAGAUCUCAAUGAUAAGGGUGACAGCAACAGCCAAUGUGCUGAAUCUGAUGGUGCUUGCAAUCAAUUGCCUGAAACGGGCUCCGAGAGCAGCAAUGUUGAGUGCGCUGAUGAAGUGCCUCAAAUCAGAUCCAAGAGCAGUAAUGAUGAAGAUAAUGGGUGCGCUGAUGAAAUGCCAGGAACCCUCUCCAAGAGCUGUAGCAAUGAUAGCAGUGAGUGUGCUGAUCGGAGCUCUCCGCGAGCUGUGCUAGAUAUCUCAGUAUCUGGUAGCAUGGACUCGGAUGACAGUGUUUCAGUCGAGCAGUCAGCAGAGUCAAACCAUAAUGUGCAGUGGAGGAACCUGAUCAGCAGUCUAAUACUUAGGAGAAAGAAGUCCAUGGGCAGAGCAGUGACGUUCCCUCAGAGAUCCAAGAGCAGAGGGAUUAGAGGGUACCUGGAGAGAAUGAGGAGUGGUAAGAACCAAAUGGACUGCAGUGCCAUUGCUCCUGAGAUCCUCCCUGAGAUUGGGAAAUGGAGGCCAUCAUGGCGUAGCUUUGACUACAACGAGCUUUGUGCUGCUACUGACAGUUUUAGUUCAGAGAAAAUGAUUGGGAAGGGAGGGCAUGCCGAGGUAUACAAAGGGCAGCUUGCUGAUGGACAAUUUGUGGCAGUGAAGAGAUUAACAAAAGGCGGUAACAAAGAGGACAGAGUUAGUGAUUUUUUAUCUGAGCUUGGAAUAAUAGCCCAUGUUAACCACCCAAAUGCAGCACAGCUCUUGGGGUUCAGUGUGGAAGGUGGUUUGCACUUGGUUCUUCAGUUCUCACCUCAUGGAAGCCUUGCUUCUGUUCUACAUGGUACAAAGGAGCCCCUGAAGUGGAAAGUCAGGUUCAACAUUGCACUUGGAAUUGCUGAAGGGCUGCUUUAUUUACAUGAAGGCUGCCAUCGACGCAUAAUUCACAGAGACAUCAAGGCAUCUAAUAUCCUUUUAACUGAAGACUACCAACCUCAGAUAUCAGAUUUUGGGCUUGCAAAGUGGCUCCCUGACAAAUUGACCCAUCAUGUUGUGUAUCCCAUUGAAGGCACAUUUGGAUAUAUGGCCCCAGAAUACUUCAUGCAUGGGAUCAUAAAUGAGAAGACCGAUGUGUUUGCAUAUGGAGUUCUACUUCUUGAACUAGUUACCGGGCGGAAAGCGGUGGACUCAUCCAGACAGAGCCUAGUGAUAUGGGCAAAACCGCUGCUUGAUGCGAACAACAUCAAAGAGCUGGUGGAUCCUUCCCUCGGCAACGAGUAUGACCCUGAAGAGAUGGUGUACACCCUAGCAGUGGCAUCCUUGUGCAUUCACCACAGCUCAACCUCGAGACCUAGUAUGAAAUCGGUAGUCUGUUUCUUGAAGGGAGACCGGGAGUCACUUGAGCUGGUGAGAAGGCCCAAAAUUGUGAAGCCCCUGAUGUUUGACUCGUGCGAUUCAGAAGAUUACACACGCUCGAGUUACCUCAACGAUCUCAACCGGCACAAGCAGCUUGCAUUAGAGCAGUGAACUUUGAAUUGAGUUUGGACAGAUUCACUGUAAUUUUGUACAUCAGUCACGCUCUAGCCACACUUUGAUCCUCCCGCUUUCCACAUAGGUUUUAAAAAUUGUAUGGAUUGAUGUGAGGGAUCAGUUAUCAUUCAAUCCCUGGUUACUGAUCUUGCUGUAAUUUUCCCCAGAGUUUAGCACAUGUUAAGGCCCUGUGAUCUACUAUAUCACUUCGAUUGUAAUGCCAGGUGAUGCAGCCAUCAGUGACAUUCCUGAGAUGGUGAUUGUUAGUAUGGUUAUGUUC